AUGUCGGGCGGCGGGACUGGAGCGCCGCGGCGCAGGGAGUACUGGGUCUGCAGGUGCAAGGAGUGGAACUGGUGCGACAGGCGGGCGACCUGCAAGUCUUGCGGGAAGGAGGCGCCAGCGUGGGCGAAGCGCCUGCGCGCGGCGCAACUGCCCCAGGCCGACGGGGAAGGCUUCGUCCAGCAGCCCAGAGGGCGCUCGCAUCAGCGUGCAGCGCGCCGAGCUGGAGACGCCUCCCGAACAGCCUCGGCCGCCAGCACCGUGCCGAGCAGUGCGCCCAACAGCUGGGGGCGGCCGCGGGGCGGUGCCAAGCCGCCGCCUUGGCGUGAGGAGCGCGUGGAGCAGCCAGAGGAGCCAGCGUCGAGUCUGGAGCGCAGGCUCGAGGAAGCCCAGGCUCGCAUCUCCAGCCUCCGCGAGGCGGUCGCCAUGGAGGAGACCAGCGAGGCCUUCCAGCGUGAGGCCAGGGCGGCCCUCCUCGCGGCGGAGGCCUCGGCCGAGAGGGCAGAGGCUGAGCUCCGCGAGGCCCAGCGGCUUGGGAGGCCCCCUCACGCCGUCCUCCACGGCGGCGCCAACGCCAUGCAGAAGGUCGAGAAGCAGAUCGCUACAACCAGAGCCAAGCGCGAGCAGGCCGUGCAGCGGGCUGACUCCCUCAGAGGGAGGAUUGCGGCGAUACAGGAAGAGCUGACCGAGACAGAGUCCGAGGUCGAGGACUUUGACAGCCUGCUCGUCAAGCUCGAGGAGUCGAAGGCCCAGACAGUCCAGCAGGCGCUCCAGCGGGCCAUCGAGGUGUGCGGAGGCCAGCAGCCCCUUGAGACCGCGGUCGGGGGCCUCGUCACCCAGGUCAGCCAGCUGGGGGAGUUGCUCGGCCGCAACGCGGACGGCGUCGCGCCCAGGCUCCUGGAAAUCAUGGGCGUUAUUGCCACGCAGAGCGCAGCCAUCUCGGACAUGCUCCACCCCGCUGCGCCUGCCGCCGCAGCCUCGCGUUGGGCCGACGGCCUUGGCGGGGGCGGGCUCGCCGUCGACGACGAGGAAGGCGCCCCCGCCCCAGCCGCUGGAGCCUCCGCCCCCGCAGUGCAGCGGCCGCCAGCGGAGGCAGCAGGGCAGCAGGUGCGGCCAUGCCCGCCCACCCAGCGGGCGAGCCCAGCAGUGGGGCCCUACGGGCCAGCCGCCGCCCGCGGGCAGUCGGGCGCGGCGCUCGGCGCUCGGCCCCAGCCUGGCAAGGCCGAGCGCGGGGUCCUUGAGGAUGCCAGGGACGAGCACGAGGACGGCCAGGCGAGAGUGGGCAGGGCUGUGCCUGCCUCUGAGAAGGUUGCUGGGCUGCUCCGUGCAUGCUUCGACGUGCUGGACGUCUACGGCAACACAUGUGACCGUGCCUCGGAGGUGCUAGAGGCCUACAUCGCGCGUGGGGACGCGCACCUGAUCGCCGAGGACAUGAUCCACAAGGCUGGGCCUACGUCCAGUGUGGCAUGGGGGCGGACGGUUACUGGUGAAGCUGACGGAGAGUUGCGCGGUGGGCGUGUCACCGCGGGCCCCCGCUCGGAGCGGCGCGCCCGCGGCGCGGCCCUCGGCCUCAGGCUGCGGCGUGCGGAGCCCCGCAGGGCCCUCGACCUGGAUCCGCCCAUGCUGGUCACGGACUGCACGCCCCAUAGUCUUGCAGGAUGGUUGCACUCGGGCGAGCGCUCCCCGCCGAUACCCAGAGGAGCACUCGAGGCUACAGCGCCGCGGCAGGCGUCAGCAGCGGAGCCCUGGGCGCACCGCGACUUCCCCGUGGAGGCAGCUGUCCUCGCCCUGGGCAGUUUCGGCUGGCACUUCAGGUUCGAGCGGUGCCUCAUCACGGACGUGCGGGACAUGACGCUGAUGGGGCUGCGUGCGCUUGACUCCGAGGCCAGCCUAGGGGCGAGGCGCGCCUCGGGUUGGCUUGAGAUGCGGAAGCUGGCCAGUGCCCCGUCUGUGUGUGGCCCCGCCUUUCGGGUUGCCUGCAGGGAGUUCGUCAGGCCAGGAGGCGAGCUCGGCGAGCGCCAGAGGAGCGGGCUGGUCUCCCACCUCACGAACGCGCACUGGCCGCAGGCGAGGCUCCGCAGUAUGUUCGAGUGCCCCAUGCUGGCGGCCCCGCUGAGCGACUCAGUCUCACCAGCGCUGGCGAGGAGCGCCGUGCGGGUUCGCCCUCUCGGAGUGGCAGCAGGGGAGGUCGUUGCUCGGCGCUGGUGGUCAGCGACGCCGCCCCUACAAGGGCCUCGCACGGACGCCAUGAGUUGCUGGAGGACACGCAGGCCGUCCGACGUCAAGCCCAAUGGCAAUUUGUGCGUGGACGGCUCGUCGUUCGACCAGCGGCUCUACGCCUGGGGACUCGCGGGCUGGGCUUUUGCUCAAUGCGACGACGACGGCAGCCUCGUCGCGGGCGCCCACGUGACCGUCAGGAGGGCCCUCCCGCCACAGCAGGCUGCCCGUGGCGGUGAGGGCUUCGCGGUCUGGAAGAAUGUGAUCUACGCGGGCCCUGCUGUCGAGGAGGUCCCCAUCGGCGGCCGCGGCACGGCGAAGGGCCAGCACAAGGAGCUGGCCUACGCGACGGGCCCGACCAAGGCCAACGCCCACCCCUGGAGGAGCCCCGCCGCCCUCGGACCUGGUGGCUCCAGGGCGAACAAGGUGACCGCCCACGGCAACAGGCAGGCGGUGAUCGGCGGGCUACGCGCGGAGGCGCAGUGGCGCGGCGCCCUGCGCGCCCGCGGCUCCGCCGAGCUGGGAGCACGGCUGCGCGCCGAGGCGGCUGUCGCCAGGCGGGACAUCGCGGAGAAGGAUAGUGACCGCCUCCUCGCGUCCGACGAGGGGCAGUGGGCGAGGUUCGCCGACCUGGAGGAGCAGGCCGAGCAGGCCUCUGCAGGCAGGCCGACGGAGCAGCAGCCGCACUUGGAGUGCUUCCGCUCGGCGGCCAGCGCGGUCGGCCUCUCCUUCACCGCGGCCGGCGCAGGCCGCCUCGGCCACUCCCUGGCGCACGCGCUCUGCGACGCGGGCGAGGAGUUUCAGGAGCAGGUGGCAUGCAGCAGGCGCGGCGCCUACAUGGUCCUCGGCGGCCGCGCUGGGGGCCGCCCUAAGCUCAAGGAGCCAUGCAUCGGGACAAGGGCCAUCGGGCAGCGCAGCCAGCGCCGCCUCUGGCCUCGAGGGCUUCAUCCAGGUGGACGGCCACGCGGAGGAGUCCAGCAGCGCAUGGAGAAAGGUGCAGAGCUCCCUGCGCUGAGGCUGCAGGGGCCUCUGGCCCCGCCGGCCCAGGAGGGCUUCCUGGCCUGGCUGGGCAUCGCGAUCGAAGAGGGCCCCCCGCCAGCAGGUGGCAGUUCAGCGGCAGCGCCUGGGCAUGCAGGCGGCCGCGAGCAGGGGCCAACGACGCGGCCGACGGCGACGGCGCAGCAGGAGGUGGCGGGCGUCGACCCGUGGGUCGCCAUGCUGGCCGCGUGCGGCAUGUUCGAGCAGUGCCUCGCCGAGCGGGCGCUGGCCGCCAGCUCCACCGCGGUGUACCGCCGCGACCGCCCGCGGCGCGGCCGCGGCCUGAGCCCUGGCGGCGUGUGCUCGGGCGAGUAG